CGGCCACCAUGAUGCCCACGACCAUGCAGCAACCCUCGAGCCCCCAGGCCCCGUCCACCGAGCGCGUCGUCACCGAGCAGCCCUCCACCCAAGAACAAAUGCAGAUGAACCUCCGCGGUGGUGGCGGCGGCGGCGUGUGCUGUGGCGUUUGCGCGGGGUUGUUGUGCUUCGAGUGCUGUGAGGAGUGUUGCUAGAACCAUUUCUUUGGGGAUGUGGAGGGGAAUGACGGGAUGACGGGAAGUGC